UGGAGUCCUUGUCCCUGGGCAGGGAGACCUUCUCGAACUACAAGUUCCAGUAGACUUUGCUGUCAGACCUUUCCUUAUCCUGAAAGCUCCCAAUUGGUCGAGGAGUUGUCAUCUGUCUCUUGCGGGUCAAUGAUUGCAAAGAUGUCCCGGGAGACAGGAGGUGACUCCCAGCAGUCGCAAAGUACCUCUCAGUCCCAGAACGCUUCCAGCUCCUCGUCUGGGGCCUCCCACAGCCAGUCCUCCCACUCCAGUUCAGGGACGAUCAGUUCCUUAGACACUGUUCCUACUCAGGACCUUCCUUCUAUUCCUGAGGAUGAAGAGCCAGAAGAACUGGACCCCCAGCCGUGGGGUCGUCUGUGGGCCCUGGAUGAUGGAUUCUCCAACCUCGAUUGUGUGGAGAACGACUACUGGUUCGGGAGAGAUCGGAGGUGUGAGUACAGCUUUGACAAGCCGGGCCUUAAAAAAACCGACAAGUACCGAACGUACAGCAAGAAGCACUUUCGGAUUUUUAGGGAAAAAGGCCCCAAGAACUCUUAUAUCGCCUAUAUUGAAGAUCACAGUGGGAACGGGACCUUCGUCAACCGCGAGCUCGUUGGGAAAGAAAAGCGCCUGCCCUUAAGUAACAACUGUGAGAUUGCACUGUCUGUGCCCACGAAUAAAGUUUUUGUGUUUUUUGAUCUGACUGUAGAUGAUCAAUCUAUUUAUCCUAGUGAAUUAAGAGAAAAAUACAUCAUGUCAAAAACACUUGGAAGUGGUGCUUGUGGAGAGGUGAAGCUGGCCUUUGAGCGGAAAACGUGUAAGAAAGUGGCCGUGAAGAUCAUCAGUAAGAGGAAAUUUUCCAUCUGUGCCACCCGAGAGGCCGAUCCAGCUUUCAAUGUUGAAACAGAAAUCGAGAUUUUGAAGAAAUUAAAUCAUCCGUGUAUCAUCAAGAUUAAGAAUUUUUUCGACGCUGAAGAUUACUUUAUUGUUCUGGAACUGAUGGAAGGAGGAGAGUUGUUUGAGAGAGUCGUGGGGAAUAAAAGACUGAACGAAGCCACCUGUAAGCUGUAUUUUUAUCAGAUGCUCCUUGCUGUCAAGUACCUUCAUGAAAAUGGUAUCAUACAUCGGGAUUUAAAGCCGGAGAAUGUGCUUCUGUCGUCUCAGCAAGAGGACUGUCUAAUAAAGAUUACUGAUUUUGGGCAGUCGAAGAUUCUCGGGGAGACUUCGCUCAUGAGAACCUUGUGCGGCACGCCCACCUACUUGGCUCCAGAGGUCGUCCUUUCCAUGGGAUCCGCGGGGUAUACCCGGGCCGUCGAUUGCUGGAGUUUAGGCGUUAUUCUCUUUGUUUGCCUCAGUGGAUAUCCACCUUUCUCGGAGCAUAAGACUCAGGUCCCUUUGAAGGAUCAGAUCAUCAGUGGGAAAUACAAACUCAUUCCAGAAGUCUGGAAAGCUGUCUCGGACACGGCUUUGGACCUCGUUAAGAAGUUGUUGGUAGUGGAUCCAAAAAAACGCUAUACGACAGAAGAAGCCUUGGCCCAUCCAUGGCUUCAGGAUGAAGAGAUGAAAAGUAAAUUCCAUGCCCUGUUGAUGGAAGAAACUAUGCCACCGCAUCUUCCCCCACCCCCAGCCCAGCUCUCCACAAGCCGAAAGCGUCCCCAUGAAGGGGAAGAAGAGGAUGAAGCUAGCUCUUCAGGACAUUGUCUAGCCUCUACCUCCCUGUCGACAACACAAUUACCAGAAAAAAGGGAAAGAAAGUGACUUUUAUAACUUGCCUUUUUGUUAGGCAUUUGGGGACAAUUUCUAUUUUUUAUAAAAAAGUGGUUUUUUUUUUAAAGGAAAAAUGGUUUAACACAAUCAUUGAUGUACAGAUAAAAAAUUAGUCUAAUCAUGAGUUGGUGUAAUCAAAAAUAGGUGUUGGGGGGAGGGGGGGGGCAGCUGGGUAGCUCAGUGGAUUGAGAGCCAGACCUAGAGAUCUUGGUUUCAAAUGUGACCUCAGACACUUCCUAGCUGUGUGACCCUGGGCAAGUCACUGAACCUUGCUGCCUAGCCUUUACCACUCUUCUGUCUUGGAACCAAUACAGUAUUGAUUCUAAGAUGGAAGGGAAGGUUGUUUUUUUUUUUUAAUAGGUGUUAGGUGUAAUCUGCAUCUAAAGCUAAGGGGGAAACCUUGGUUGCCCUCUAGACCAAAUCCCCUUAUUUUAUAGAUGAGCAUGUAACUCUAUAGGAAUAGAAUUGGAGAAGGGAACAGGCUGGGGAAACCAAGGGCUUAGGGUUGAAAUCUACUUUUUCUUUGUCUCCUUGGAAAAGUAACUUGACUUCGUUUAGUCUCAGGUUUCUUUAUCUAUAAAAUGAGGAGAUUCACCAUGAUAGUCUCUAAGGUCUGGAUCCUAAAAUCUCUUCUGUUCUCCAACUCCCUUUGUACAAAUAAAGCUUUGUGUAUAUUCUUGUUUGAA